GCCCUGGCCGCCGCUCCAGCGCGCCUGGAUCUGGCCCCCUGGUCUGCGAAGAUGGCUGCCGUACGCCGGGCCCGCAGUUACUGCCGCUGCCUGGUGCGCUUCUCCGACCGAGAACUCUGCUAAGCCCUGCUGCGGGAGAGCGGCAGGAGUAGACUCGGACCCCCGGCACCCGCUCGCAGGGAACGGCGCCGGGGCGCGGAGUGCCCCUCGGCUGCGGCCGGCCGCCCCUCCAGCAUGGCAGAAGCAGAGGAAGAUUGUCAUUCUGAUGCUGUCAGAGCAGGAGAUGACAAUGAAAAUGAGAGUCCUGCUGAAACUGAUCUGCAGGCACAACUCCAGAUGUUCCGAGCUCAGUGGAUGUUUGAACUUGCCCCAGGUGUAGGUUCUAACAAUUUAGAAAUGCGAACUUACAGACCAGGAAGAAGCUGUGUACUGAAAGCAGCUGCAGAUACCAAAGGAAAGCAAGAACUGGCAAAGGAAGAAAAGGCUCGAGAACUCUUCCUAAAAGCAGUAGAAGAAGAACAAAAUGGAGCUCUCUAUGAAGCCAUCAAGUUUUAUCGUAGGGCUAUGCAACUUGUACCUGAUAUAGAAUUCAAGAUUACUUAUACCCGAUCUCCAGAUGGUGAUGGCAUUGGAAAUAGCUAUGAAGACGAUGAUGAUAGCAAGAUGGCAGAUCUCUUGUCCUGCUUCCAGCAACAGCUCACAUUUCAGGAAUCUGCACUCAAACUGUGUCAGCCUGAGCUUGAGAGCAGUCAGACUCACAUAUCAGUGCUGCCGAUGGAAGUCCUGAUGUACAUCUUCCGGUGGGUGGUGUCUAAUGACUUGGACCUCAGGUCAUUAGAGCAGUUGUCGCUGGUGUGCAGAGGAUUCUAUAUUUGUGCCAGAGACCCUGAAAUAUGGCGUUUGGCCUGCUUGAAAGUAUGGGGUAGAAGCUGCAUUAAGCUUGUUCCAUACUCAUCCUGGAGAGAGAUGUUUUUAGAACGGCCUCGUGUUCGCUUUGAUGGGGUGUAUAUCAGUAAAACUACAUAUAUUCGUCAAGGAGAACAGUCUCUUGAUGGUUUCUAUAGAGCCUGGCACCAAGUGGAAUAUUACAGGUACAUAAGAUUCUUUCCUGAUGGUCAUGUGAUGAUGUUGACAACCCCUGAGGAGCCUCAAUCUAUAGUUCCCCGUUUAAGAACUAGGAAUACCAGAACGGAUGCAAUUCUACUGGGUCAUUAUCGCUUGUCACAAGAUGCAGACAAUCAGACCAAAGUAUUUGCUGUAAUAACUAAAAAAAAAGAAGAAAAACCUCUCGACUAUAAAUACAGGUAUUUUCGUCGUGUCCCUGUACAAGAAGCAGAUCACAGUUUUCAUGUGGGGCUUCAGCUAUGUUCCAGUGGCCACCAGCGGUUCAAUAAACUUAUCUGGAUCCAUCAUUCUUGUCACAUUACUUACAAAUCAACUGGUGAGACUGCAGUGAGUGCUUUUGAGAUUGACAAGAUGUACACCCCUUUGUUCUUUGCCAGAGUGAGGAGCUACACUGCUUUCUCAGAAAGGCCUCUGUAGAACCUCAGGUCCAGCCAGUCUUCUAUCACUGUUGCAUGGAUAAAAGCAUAUAAUACAAGAAUACCUAAGUUUGUGUAUGUAUGUUUGUGUGUGUGUGUGUGUGUCUGUGUGUGUGUGUGUGUGUGUGUGUGUAUACAUAUAUAUAUAUAUUUGAAUGGAAUUGGAUCUUGUUUUAAAUUGUUUGAAUUCCUUUAAGAAGAGUAUAAAUUAUUAUUUUUUAUUUAAGGGGAUAGUUGAAUCUUGGGAUAUUUUGGGUUGAAUUUAUAAGCUAUUUAAGAACAUUUAUGUUGUGGAAAAAACAUAAUAAGAGGUUUAAAUCAUGUUCUUUUUGAAACAGAUUUAUGAGCAGAUUUCAGUCACAUAAGUUGCCUCUGCCUGUUCAUCCUAAUACUUAAAUGCAUCAGGGGAGCCUUCACUGGAUAAGUAUUUUAUUUCCCGCAUGAGUUAGUGUCUUUGCACUACAUGAGGUCAAAAUGUGAAAACCUGUUCUGGAUUUGUUUGAAACUGUUCAAUUAAGUUCAUAAAUAAAUGUUUGCUACAAGGAAA